AUGCCGAUCUCAAAGAUCUGGUAUGCUCCCGAUUGGCACGAUGGUGGCUUCACCCCUCUCCGUGCUAUGCAGAUGGAUAUGUACUCUUACGGUCUUGUUUGUUUCUGGAUAGUAGUAGCCAACGGCAGUUUCGGUGAUCUACCAAUCCCGGAACAUCUCAGUAAUGGGAGGAAAGGUUGUAUAUCGUUCAACGACCUCGCAGGAGAAUGCCAUAACUUCAUUGAUGAUUGGAAAGGCGAUCCGGGAAACUCAUUACUACAGUGGGUAACUUGGAUGAGCUCCGAACACUUUCUUUGCGACCCUGCUAUCAAGCAGAGACUUUCAGACUUCUUCCAAAAGCUACUCGAGUUCGAUCACAGAAAGCGCACAUGCGAUUUCUCAGCUUUGUUGAAGCUCUUAGACCCCGAGAGACUCCGAUUGCAAAUUUUCAAGACGCUACAUGAGCUCGAUUCCAAUCCCGCGGAGUGUAAGGAAGCUGGUUUGGAUACUGCUGAAGUGUCUGUGCAGCUGGCCAUUUGCUAUCACAUUGGAUUUGGCACAGCAAAAGAUGAUGUAAAGACUCAGGAACUAUUGGAAAAGCACAAUCUCACAGUAGAACCCCUCACAGAUGCUGAGAUGAUAUUUCGACGUUUUCGAAAAGAACGGACGAGCAACCGUCUGUUCGGAAGACUAGAAGAGCAAGGCCGAAUUCCAAUCAUUCCCCAUGCGGACUACUAUCGAGAAAAGGGCUUGUUGGACAAAGCAGAGACAUUUUACAGGCGCGAGAUUGAAGAUGUCCGUGAUACCAUUGGUGAGUUCAAUUGGCUCAGUGGGACUCUGCAAUCGAUCUUGAAUACCUUGGUCGCAGCAAAUGGUAGAUGGUACGAAGCAAUUUCAUCAGAGGAAGUCGAACUAGAGCGAAGGCGGACGAAACUUCGUGACGAUUCCUGGUUUGCUGCUCUGAGUAAGGAUAGAUUAGCUCAGAUGUAUCGCGCGGUCUCGCUGUGGGACAAAGCCGAACCUUUCUCUCGGGAAAUACUAGAAGGAGAGAUGCAACGCCACGGACCUGACGACGCGCGAACGCUUAUGGCGAAGACCGAUUGGAUACAAUGCCUUGCCAAUCUGGACCGGCUUGGAGAAGCCGAACCCCUACAGUCCGAGAAUGUUGAAAGAAUGGAAAAAAUGCUCGGCAACGAACACAUGCAGACGUUGAGAGGCAAGGCUAUCUUGUAUUCGAUAAGAAGUAUGAUGGGGAGGAAAAAGGAAGUUGUCGCUCUCGAAGAAGAAUUACUGAUUCUACAUGAGAAAGUGGAUGGCCCAAAUGCUGAGCGUACUAUCACCUGCAUGUCGAACUUGGCAAGUUCGUACUUCGACCUCAGACGGUGGCAGAUGGCUGAGCGGCACGGAAGGGAAGUUGUUACGCGAUCAGAAGAUAUUUUGGGGUCUAAUCACCCGAAGACCCUGCUAGCGAGAUCGAAUUUGGCUCUUGCUUUGCUGGAGCAGAGAAAGCUGGACGAAGCCGAGGUCUUGAUAGCUGACGUGCUACAUAGACGAACGGAACUCCAUAAGGGGUUCCACGAAGACACGCUGAAUAGUGAAGAGCAUCUUGCCUGGUGCUGGAAGCUGAAAGGGGACCAUGUGAAGGCAAUAGAGAAGCUUGCAUUCGUCGAGCAGGAACUAAAGUCUCGUUUUGGCGAGGACCGACCUAGCACCAGAAGGGUCACUCGAACUAUGAAAGCUUGGCAAAGCGACCAGUCAAAAGCUCGAUGA